GCCCCAGCGGCCCCGGCCCUGCCUUCCCCCGACAGAACUGCCCCUGCCCCGGGGACACCACAGCAGCCUGGGGAAACACGCAGCGCUCAAAAUGCGUGUUUUACAUGAGCAGAAUUUGGUGCUUGUCUGGCGGCGAAGCCAAGCUUUUAAACACACGCAAUCGCACUCUGUCAACAAUUCGUUAUGUAAAGACACUGCUUUCGGUGCGAUGAACGGCAGGUCAGGCCGCGGGAGCGAGAGCGGAGCGGGCAGAGAACGCAACCCGCCGAGGGCGAAAGGCCGGGAGCGCCGGCUGCACCCCGAAACCGCGGCUCGGGGUCGCCGAGGGGGCCACCCGCUGACACCCGCUUCGGGAUCCAUUCGGGAAACAAAGUCUCCAGCACGGCCACCCGCGUCCCGGGGAACACACCCGCUUCCUAUCUACGGUGGCCGACCCUUACUCCAACUGCGGCACCCGGGGAAGCGAGGGCAGCUGGGGUGAGGUGCCCCAGGGGCACCCCGGCGGCUGCCGCGCGUUUGCGCCUCAGCAGGCUCGAACCCGUGGCGCGGGCGCGGCCCCGCCACGUGGCUCGCGGGCGGAAGGCGGCCCCGCCGCUUCCGCUCUCCGCGCGCGCUCGCUUCCGCUGCCGCUUCUCGUUCCGGUUCCGCUGCGCGGCGCGCGCGUGCUUGAGCGGGGUCCGGUGCGGCGGCGCACGUGGCGCCCCCCGCCCGCCGCAGCCAUGCUGGUGCUCUUCGAGACCGCCGCCGGCUACGCCAUCUUCAAGGUUCUGAAUGAGAAAAAGCUUCAAGAAGUUGACAGUCUGUGGAAAGAAUUUGAAACUCCUGAAAAAGCAAACAAAAUAGUAAAGCUGAAACACUUUGAAAAAUUUCAGGACACAACAGAAGCACUUGCUGCAUCCACAGCUCUUGUAGAAGGCAAGCUCAGCAAGAACUUGAAGAAGAUUCUCAAGAAGAUAGUGGCAAAAGAUGCCCACGAGCAGUUGGCUGUGGCAGAUGCCAAACUUGGAGGUGUCAUAAAGGAGAAGCUGAAUUUGAGUUGUAUACAUAGCCCAAUGGUUACAGAGCUGAUGAGAGGAAUUCGCUCACAGGUUGAAGGGCUCAUAACAGGCCUCCCUUCUCGAGAGAUGGCAGCUAUGUGCCUGGGUCUAGCACACAGCCUUUCCCGAUACAAGCUGAAAUUCAGCCCAGACAAAGUAGAUACCAUGAUUAUCCAGGCAAUUUCACUUCUUGAUGACUUGGACAAAGAACUGAAUAACUACAUCAUGCGCUGUCGGGAAUGGUACGGUUGGCACUUCCCUGAGCUGGGCAAAAUCAUCACGGAUAACCUGACGUACUGUAAAUGCGUGCGGAAAGUUGGAGACAGAAGCAAUUUUGCUUCAUCUGAUGUUUCUGACAUCCUACCAGAGGAGAUUGAGGAGGAUGUGAAGGCUGCCGCUGAGAUUUCCAUGGGGACAGAAGUAUCAGAAGAAGACAUAAACAACAUAAUCCAUCUCUGUGAUCAGGUGAUUGAAAUCUCUGAGUAUCGGACACAGCUCUAUGACUACCUGAAGAACAGAAUGAUGGCCAUUGCUCCCAAUCUCACUGUCAUGGUGGGAGAACUAGUGGGAGCGAGGCUCAUUGCUCAUGCAGGCUCCCUCCUGAAUCUGGCAAAACACCCAGCUUCUACGGUUCAGUUACUGGGUGCUGAGAAGGCACUCUUCAGAGCACUGAAGACUAAGAGGGACACACCUAAGUUUGGCCUUAUCUAUCAUGCCUCCCUGGUGGGACAAAGCAAUACCAAAAAUAAAGGAAAGAUUUCUCGAAUGCUGGCAGCAAAGACUGCCUUGACUAUUCGUUACGAUGCCCUUGGAGAGAACACCAGUGCUGAAAUGGGAGCUGAGAACAGACUCAAAGUAGAGACGAGACUGAGGCUUCUGGAAGAGAGAGGGAUAAGAAGAAUAAGUGGCACUGGAAAAGCCUUGGCCAAGGCAGACAAGUAUCAAAACAAGAGUGAAAUAAAAGUGUUUGACCCCUCUGGUGACUCAACACUUCCUGUUGUUUCCAAGAAGCGCAAAAUUCAGGAGGUGGAUGAACAAGACACAGAGGUUGCAGUGAAGGCAAAGAAGUUCAAAGCAGAGAUGAAAGAAGGGACAGCUGUAGAAGAUGGUGAACCUGUCAAAAAGAAGAAAAAGAAAAAGGAUAAGGAAAAGCAAGCUGAAGAAGAGGUGGUACUGAGUGAGGAACUCCCCACCAGCCCCAUAACUGAGAAUACAGAGAAAAAGAAGAAGAAAAAAAAGAAAAUGAAAGAUGAGGGUGAAGACUGAUGUGGAACAGGGGAAAACACUGGCCCUUGGACAGCUGCUUUGGAGUAGCAUUUAUCUACAUAAUUUGUUUAGCCUCUUGCUGAAAACUAACUUCCCUGUGUUGCAAGAGGGCAAGGAGAUGGGUUUGAUAGCUGUCUUCUCCCUGGAACAGGAUACCCCAGUGUCUCUGAUAAUUAGGAGGAUUACUGGUUUCUUUUGUUUAAAAGCUCACAGUAGAUCCUCUUUUCACAACCAGUGUCCACUGAUAAGGAAUAAAAACAUUUUUAUGGAGA